AUGCCUUCCCACAUGCACGGCGUCGCCGCGGAAGACGUCCACAAGCAGAUCCGUCUUCUCAUCCAUGAGCUCGUCAACAUCAAGGACACAACCGGAGAGUUCUUGCUAAAACUCGACGAUGGCCGCAUCAUCGACACCAAGGGCUGGAACGACUGGGAGUGGACGCACGGCAUCGGUCUGUACGGCAUUUGGAAGUACUACGAGAUGACGGGAGAGGACGAGUGGCUCAAGAUCAUCGAGGAUUGGUUCCAGGCCCGCUUCAAGGAGGGCCACAAGGGCAAGAACAUCAACACCAUGGCUGUCUUCUUGACCCUGGCCUACGUCUAUGAGAAGACGGGUAACCCGACAUACCUGCCCUGGCUCGAUAGUUGGGCCGAGUGGGCAUACCACGACCUCCCACGCACCAGACACGGCGGCAUGCAGCACAUUACCUAUCUUGAGGUCAACGACCAGCAGCUCUGGGAUGACACCCUCAUGAUGACGGUGAUGCCGCUGGCCAAGAUUGGUCUGGUCCUCAAUAGGCCGCAUUACGUCGCCGAAGCCAAGAAGCAAUUCCUUCUUCACAUCCAGUACCUGUUUGACACAAAGACGGGACUUUUCUUCCACGGCUGGACUUUCAAGGACGGUGGUCACAAUUUUGCCGAUGCACGAUGGGCACGCGGUAACAGCUGGGUCACCAUUGUCAUCCCCGAGUUCCUGGAGCUCGUCGGACUCAAGACUGACGAUCCUCUCGGCUCGCACCUCAUCAACACCCUCGAGAGCCAGUGUCAGGCUCUCGCCAAGCUGCAGGCCCCCAACGGCUUGUGGCGCACACUCCUGGACAUCUCAGAGGAGGAGGGCUCGUAUGUCGAGGCCAGCGCUACUGCGGGUUUUGCAUACGGCAUGCUCAAGGCCGAGCGACGGCGGUACGUGGGCAAGCAGUACUCUGAGGUGGCAGUCAAGGCGAUCAAGGCUGUGCUGGAAAACAUUAGCCCGGAGGGAGAGUUGCUCAACACGUCAUUUGGCACGGGUAUGGGCCAUGACUUGCAGCAUUAUAAGGAUAUCCCACGGACGAGCAUGCCGUACGGACAGGCUAUGGCUAUGAUGGCCCUGGUUGAGUUCUUGCGGGUGUUUGUGUAA